AUGUCUUACCCGCGACGGCUUCUGCAAGUGGCUAAGACCGCCUCCGGCCGGCCGCGCGCUCAGAGCAUGGGCCUGCAGGACGCCCUCGAGCAGUACCACUACCCAUACUGCCGGACAAGGUCGCCGACCGCACCGGGCACAAGCUUAUCAACAUCCUCAGUGUACCGGUCAACCUCUGCCUCCAGUCACUCCGCCAGGUCAUCUUCAAGACCCCAAGCCGUCACACAAGUAUGUACACUAGCACCCAAGGACUACACCGGAGAGGAGCCUUGUCCGACGAAUAAGCCCGGUAUCUGCUGCCCCUGUGAGCGAAACAGCCCAACAAGGAAUAUGGCACCGCAGAACGGCGUCCAGCUGAUCUUCACUCCGGCUUCACUACUCGGACAGCUGCGCCGGCCGGAGGAGAGGCCUAAUGUGAGUGAGCUCGCCUCGCUGGCAUUCGAGUUCCGCAAUGACUACGCCACAAUCCUGGCCUACGCCGACGCAUACGAGGAGGAGCACUCCCAGGCAAUGGUCGAGUCGAUGGAGGCUGGCCGGAGCCACCUCCGCACGAUGAAGAUCCCGGGCGCUGGGGACCGUCGCUACCUGGGCUUCAUUGAGUUCUCGCACACCCAGCACGUGCUCCAGACCGGCGACAGGCUCGAGAUCAACUUUGAUCCUGAAGAUGAAACCUGGGAGUCCCCCUAG